GAUGUGUGAAGAAGUGAGGCAAACAGAGGAAGGCCGAGUGAGAGGUGAAGGAGGAAGAAAGGUUCAGAAGAUGCUGAUAAGAGGAGUGAUACAGGGAGUGGGGAUGUGAGAGGAAGGAAGAGGAUGAGGAAGAGGAAGACUGCGGCUUGCUAGACGGUGUAGGGGGGUUAAGAAUUGGAGAGAGGAAGAGUAGGAGGAGGAGAAGGCCGAUGGGGAAGGCGGCGGGUAGUUGAGGAGGAGGUCUGGGGGCUGGCUGCCGCACUAGCUGGUUGGCUGGCCGGUCUGGUCCUAAUUAGUAUUGGAGGCAUGACCACUGCCUGCCGCCGCCCAGCCGACCCCGCGUCGCCCAGCGGAGGGAGGAGCCGCGGCGCUACCCCCACCACCGGCCCACCACAACACCGCCACACAUUUUCGCUCACUCGCGGGUACGGCCAACUAGGUGCGUCUUGGCCGGCGAGCCCCAGGACCAUCGCACCGCCGCGUCUGGCCACUGUGUCUCGAAUGCUGGCCGAAGGGCGUCGCGUAGGGACGAGCCCUGCUGGUGGUGGUGCUGUUGUGAGGGUAACGUUGAGGAACAGAACAUGACGAAGACCACCGGCUUGUCCGCUGGCCCGGGGCUGGCCUGACCACUACCACCGGCCACCUCUGUUUAUGGACCUGCAUAGCUCCGCCAUUUAUGUAACUCACCUUAGCGGGGUCCACGCAAGCCCCCAUACAACGCCCUGCAUAGUGAAUGGCAAUGGAAAUACAGUGCGUGGCGGGGCUGCCGAGGCUCAGGCUGGAGUGAGGCUCCCCUGGUGGCGAGUGGUGCCGCGUGAGUGCCGUAAAGUGCGCGGAUAUCGCGAGAUCAGGUGUUGGCGAGGCUCACCCUUCUCCGCCUGCACGCACUCAUCAGCUGGGCCGCGGCCGGGGCCUGUGUCGGGGACAGUCGCAGUUCUCCUGGCGUCGUCCCUUCCCCUGACGCACUAUGUCGUGAGUGUGGGGCCACAACGAGGGGAAGGGGCAGGGGACGGCGUAGGGGGAGGCCGUGAGGAGCCGUGAGGAGCGAGGAGAGCUGAUCCCGUCACGUGGGGCCGCGUAUUGACUCACCCGCCUCCGUGACGAAUCAACAUCCAGCGGCUCCCGGGCCCAAGUGCGUCCUAGCGGGCGCACACGCCGCUCUCACACGGACUUGUUUUGACCAGUUUUCGAGGAGUUCUAGUGUGUGUUUUCCAUUUCUUUGUUGCGUGGUGCCCUGGUACAGUACAACACGAGUGUGCAGGUGAUACUUGGAGCAAUUCUCACGUGGAAACUGACUUGUUUUGCAGGAUGAGUUGGUCCCGCUAGAACGAUCUGUUAUAAAUUUCCCGUCACGUUCCUAGUCGUGCGUGUGACCGUGACACAUUCUACAGUACACUCACGCACGCGCACCUACCCGGGCCAGUUGUGUGCUUGGCGUGGGCCAGUGCGAAUAUGACAGAGGUCGUGGACAAGACGCUCAUUGAGAGGUUGAUACUAGAGCACUCUGACCGCCUCGAGUUGGAGAUCAACCAAAAAGCGCGCGCUGAUGCUUGGAAAUUCUAUUAUCGUGUUCGAGUGGACCAUGUGAUUCGGCCGUUUGCCGUGUGCAAGGUGUGUUUUCGAGUGUUACACUGCGACUCGCGGAGCGGGACUGCCAGCCUCCUGCGACAUCCCUGCAACCCCCUGUCGGAGCGGUCCCCCGUCAACCGCGCCGUCAAGCUCUCGGCCAAGCUCAACCUCCCUGUCGACACCUCGGCGGCGGCGCUCAAGGGCGACCUCAAAGGUGACACUUUUCUCAAUGACAAUAACAUCAAGGAGGAGGUCCUCGCCAAGCAUGAGGCGCCUCCGCACAGUGAUGGCGGGAGCGCUCGCUCCUCGCCCGUGUCGCUCACCACGGUGGCGUCGCGGGCCUCUCCCACCAGCACGGGCUCGCCUCCCACCGCCGCGCAGCCCACCACCACCUCCUCCGGCAGCGCCUCCGCCGGGAGUCGGAAACGGAAAGCCGGUGCACCGCCUCCUUCGUUCCCCAUAGACUUGAGAUUCCUGCAGUUACCUCAGCUGGUGGCGGCGGCGGCGGCACAUCCGCUCACCGCCUUCAACUUUGCCUUCAGCGACCCACAGCGCCUGCAGCACCUCCAGCAGAUACAACAGUCACACCUAGAACACAUCCACCGCCAGCAGCAGCAGCAGCAGCAGCGUGAGAAGGAGCGCGAGGAGCAGGAGGCGAAGCGAGCACGGCUAGAAGCGGCGGCGCAGGAAGGGCGCGGCGGCAGCCCGUGCAGUCCUGGCGAGGCAAGCAGCUCCUGCUGGGGACGGGACGGCGUGAAGAAGGAGCGAGCAGAUACCAGUGAUGGUGCCGUGCCGGAAGACCUGCGAGGGUGGCCAUCCCCCAGCAGGUAUGGAGGGCGCGUGCGCGGUGGCCCCGAGGACGCGUCGGAUGACGGGGGCGGGCUGGCCAAGGACGUGGUGCAGCAGCUGGUGAGUUGUGGCUCCUCCCGCAUCACCCUGGCGGAGAAGGACGCCGCGGGCUCACACUACAUCUCCGACGUGUGGUCCAGGUUCUCGGUAGUGUACGUGGACGGCGUCAUCAGGCCCUUUGCCGCCUGCAAGAACUGCCUGAAGGUGGUCACCUACACUAAGUACAGCGGCACGGGCGGCUUGCUGCGCCACCGCUGCUCCGCCACAGACCUCAGCUCCCGACACCACGACGAGGUAGGCGCCCCGACCGAGGCAGACCCACGCCUCGGAGACUCACCCCCGCCCUCGGUACGCGCCCUUUCCCCCGUCUCCGCCCACGCCGCUCAGUCAGGUUCCCCUCGAAGGUCCCCGCUGAGCCUCGCCUUGAGGGGUGAGAACGAUGGGGCGCGACACCUGUCCGACGAGUUGCCCCUGGCGCCCACGGCCGCCAUGGCCGGCGUGGCGAGGGCGCUGCUCCGCUACAUGUGCCAAGACCUCGUGUCCCCCUCAGCCCUCGACUCCCCGGCCUUCCAGCGGCUGGUGUGGACGGUGCUCAACCUCGGGGCGGCGCACGGCACCUUCCGCGAGGAGGAGCCGCUGCCCUCCGCCAGGCAGCUGCUCAUCACCUUCCUCACGCCCAUGGCCGGCGAGUCCCGCUCCCUCAUCGCCAGGGCGGUGCUGGACCAGCCCAGCCUGUGCCUGUCCCUGCACCAGGACCGCGAGAUGCACCUCAUCACGGGCGCCAUCCACUUCAUCACCCCGAAGUUCGAGCUGCGCAGCUACGUGUUGGGCGCGCACCGCAUCCUGGAGAACGAGACCGAGGAGGAGUCCGUCACGGCGUUGCUGUCCGGCUUCUUCAACGACGUGCUGGUGCCGGCAGCCAUGAGGGACAAGCACGUCACCGUGGUGAGUGACCAGGGCACGCCAGCCGAGCCCGGCGUGGUGGGCGUGCGCUGUGUGUGGCACGCGACAGAGGCUGUGCUGGAGGCGCUGACGGAGGAACCGUCGUACCGUCAGAUAUGCGACGACGUGGCUUCCGUGCUGGCCUUCCUGGCAGACUCUGGGGUGGCCAGCGUGUCGGGGUGCGGCCUGCAGCCACACGAGGUGAAGCGGUGGGACGCCCUCCUGCACGCCCUCACCUUCAUCACCGCCCACCACGACGAACUGUGCGUGGUGAUGGCUGGCUGUGAGGGGGGCGCCUCCCUUCUAGGGGACCGACUCAACUACCAGGAGGUGGCUGAGCUCCUGGCGGGGGUGCGGCGGUGUCUCCUGACGGUGCGCGACCCUCUGAGGCCCACGCUGAACCAGGCGGUGCUGUGCCGCGCCAAGCUGCUGCAGCUGUGCGCCUCGCCCGCCAGCUCCAAGCCUCUCAAGCAGCUGAAACAGCAUCUGGCCAGCAGCCUCACCGACGCCCUUGCCCUCACGCCCCUGCACCACGUCGCCAGCUUCCUCGACCCACGCUGCAAGAGCCUCAAGGUGUUGUCGGAGACGGAGAAGGGCGAGGUGCACCGCCACGUGCUGGAGAUGAUGAAGUCCGUGGCGGUGACUGAGGCGAACUCCGGCGUGCUCAACUUGAAGACCCACAACAGACGCACCAACAGCCACACCCCCAACCAUAACUCCACCACCACCGCCACAUCCACCACCACCAGCACCACCACCUCCUCAUCCUCGUCCUCCUCGUCCACCCCCACCAGCCAAGCCUCGCCGGAUGCCUCCAGCACAAACAACAACAGCACGCAGGAGGGGCAUCCGUUCCGGGAGUACAUGGACAACCCGGCGCCCGACACCUCUGUCUCUGAUAGCGAGGAGAUCAUGGCCUAUGUCAACAUGAAGGUGCACCUCGAGGACGACGACAUCCUGGGGUGGUGGUCGGGCACAUCAGCUUCAGGCCUCUCCACCCUCCGCCUGUUGGCCCGCAAGAUCCUCUCUGUGCCCGCCACCUGUGCCUACGCCCACGACGUGUGUGCCCACGCCCGCCAGGCCUGCCAAACCAUGGGCCUGGUGGAUGAGUCUCACCUCAACAACGUUCUCCACAUGAAGUACAACAUGAACUAGAGAUUCCCAUAGAUUAUAUUUUCUAUUCGGUUGCCAAAAUGAAGUAUUUAUCCACUAUAGGCCAAAGGUUUGCGCCUGAGGAGUACUUUUUUUACUACCGGUGUAAGAACGGUCUAGGAAGUGAUGUGUAGAGUGUCAUCGUUAGUUACACUAGUUGUGGGACCUGCAGUGGGCGAGGCGAGCGUCAAAUCAUGAGUGUGCCUCGGGAGCUUCCUCCACACGCUCAUGGAAAACGAGAUGUCAUAGAAUAGUGAGAAUAACCUUACCUGUUACCUUGACUUAAAUAUCCUUGGACACACCUCACUUUGUCCUCCAUUUUAGCAAACACAAAGCUCAUAUUUCACACGACAAACUACAGUAUUUUUACAAUGCACCAAACACACGUCCAGUUCUGUAACAAAGAGUCAAGUUCAGUCACUAUUCAAGCAUCACAAGCAACCCUUUCAGGUGUUAAGGUAAAAACACAACCCUCGUUUUUUUACAGCGUGGCCUCAGCUGUGGGUCCCAACAAGCUCACGUGAAUGAAGCCAAAAUGUAACUCACUUUUUUGCCAUAUGAACAGCUGUGACGUGGGGCGAGUCAAGAGAUUAUUUCCAACGGGGAUGUAGUGUGUGUGCCUGAGUGUGUGUGUGUGUGUGAAUAUCAAUGUGAAGUAGGACAUGACACCAACAGUUCAGAUACAGAUAGAAUAAAAUUUCCCAGAGAGAGAGAGAUUAUACUGAGGUGUGUUUAUGAAUGUGAGAACGUGAAGCAGGAUGUAACGUCAGUAAUUCAAAUGAUAGAGGUUAGAUGAAACUUUACAGAGAGAGAGAGAGAGAGAGAGAGAGAGAGAGAGAGAGAGAGAGAAACAUUAUAUUGACUAUAUUUGUGUGAAAAGAAUGUGAGAAUGUAAAGUAAGACAUAAUACCAACAGUUCAGAUGAGAGAGAGAUUAAAACUUCAAAGCGAGAAUGUGUGAAAGGAGACAGUAGUAGGCAGUGGAUGCAAGAUAACAUAUGCAUACAAAACAUAUGUCUCAGAUGCUGUGAGCCUGGAUGUGGCCAAUGUAUAGCCUGGAUUAGGAAACUUAUCUUUAUUUAUUCAAUGUUUGUGUGUGUGUGUGUGUGUGUGUGUGUUGAAGGUAAUGCUCAAAGGUAACACAGUGAGCAGGUUAUUUUGAGGUUGUGUCUUGGUUGUUAGUGUUUACCAUUUAGCUUAACAAUCCCCCUUCCAGUCCCUUUAACUAGAUGUGAUGUUAAUUUUUUGUUCUGUAAUCUAGACCAGUUAUGAUACGUCACUCACUUCUCAGAAUGGUUGUACGAGUAGAGGUUUAGAGUAAGAACAGUGUGUGUCAUUUUUUUCUCCUGAAAUUGAGUUAGGAUGAUGGAGUAAUGAAGUGAUAUAUGUGUUCAGAAUGAUGAUGAAUGAUGUUUGAUUCCAUGGAUUGGUAGAGUUUGGGAGUUUGUCACCAAAGCAUUACCAGAUCAGCUCUCAUCAUAAGUUCAGUAGUGAGAAAUGGUAAUGAAUUAAAUGUAGUACAGUGCAUCCUUAAUGUUUAUUGAAAGACAGAAGUGUGGAUCAAGGAAUUAUGGUUUUGCAUUAUUAAUUGUUUUAGAGGAAUCAGGAACUUAGGCAUGUAGUGGAGAUGAUUGAUUAGUAUUAAAUUACUUCCAAAUGCCAAGUAACUGUACAUCACUUGAAUGAGGUCCCAUGAGGCAGAGGGAAAGAAGAGUGUAAGAAAGAGGCAUUUGCUUAUUGGCUCAACUUUCCACAUGAGGUAGUGAAGUAGAUUUGAGGAAGGUUGAUGAGAAAGUUCUUCAAGACAGAGAGAUGUGGUUCUUGGUGUGUGUGUGUGUGUGUGUGUGUGUGUGUGUGUGUGUGUGUGUGUUGGUGGCUUCUUGUAGUGUUUGUCUCAUGGUUGUGUUUCAAUCUCCCAGUUAUUCUUUAUUAUUUGUGGUGUGAUAUUUGUCUUAAAAGAUCCUCAUUAACUUGAAUCAUCAUCAGUUACUAUUCCACAUUCAAGGAGAGUGAACAAACUUUUCAUUCUUUACUCACUGCACACCUUUGACAAUCAGUGACUCAUUUCCUCAGUUCUGGUCUGGGUGUGUCUAAUGAGUGAAAUGUCAUUCAUCUUGAAAACUUCAGUUGAUAAAUUUACAUAGUGAAAUUACAUGAUUCUUCCAUGUUUUGUAUGUAUUUGAUAUUUACAUCUGUAAACGUCAAAGGCUUCCACUUCAACAGUAUUGAUGCAAAUGUGCUAAUUUGUUCAUUAAUUAAUUAUGGCAAAUUUAAGUCACAAGUUGCCAAGUAUUUUGUAUGCUGCAAAUGUAAUUAAGUGUCAAACAUAUGGAUAGAUAGACAGGGAGAGAGAGGGAGAGGGGGAAGGCACUAUUUGCCGCUCCUGUACAUGUGUUUGAGAGAAAGAGUGAAAGAGUGAGAGUUCAGGUUGAAUAUGUAGAUGUGAAUUAUUUUAUAUGUUUCUUCAAAUGGUAAAGAAGCAGAAGCUGACAUCAGUGACAAGAUUUAGACUCCAUCAAAGUAGCUGAAGCAGGGACUGAUGAAGCAACAUUAGGAGCUGGAUUCUUUGUACCUUAACUCAAGGGAUGUUUUAGUCUUCAAUUGAGAUACACAAUGGUGAGAAAGAUUACAUUUCAUUCCAGUAUCUACCUGCAAAAGCCAGAACCACAUGUGAAUAUGAAAGAAGGAUAAAUUUAAGCAUUAGAUGUAGAUGAAUAGGAAUGUAGAUAUCACCUGAUUAGCCAAAUUAUAUUAGAAAUCCCCAAGGCUCAAUAAUUUCUCUUCCGCCAGAGUUAGAUAGACAGAGUAAUAGACAGAUGAUAAAAGGGCAUAAAACCUAUUGGCUCAGAACAGAUCAAAGAUAUCAGAUUCUAUAAUGAUAGUUUAAUUAAUGUACUUUAUGUUGCUCAAUUCUUAAGUGGUGAACAAACACUCUGCUUGUUGAGACAGAGAGAGAGAGAGAGAGAGAGAGAGAGAGAGAGAGAGAGAGAGAGAGAGAGAGAGAGAGAGAGAGAGAGAGAGAGAGAGAGAGAGAGAGAGAGAGAGAGAGAGAAGGUUGUGCCAAAGACUCCAAUGUGUGCUCAAUUUUUUGCGGUAGUCCAAGUGUUACUAUGUUGAUGUGUUGUUGAGAUGAGGAGUGUUAUGCGCGUCACAGUGUUUUGGCGAGUCACAUUAUUAUCAUUGUGGGGACGGAAAACUACAAGAAAAUAGAGAGUAAAAAAUGGAUAACUGAUGUGGAGGAGAAAAGGAAAUAGAGAAAAACUGAGAUAUAAACAGAGGAGAGAUAGAAAGGAAAGUGGAUAAGUACUCUAUUGCUUCUAGAGAGAGAGAGAGAGAGAGAGAGAGAGAGAGAGAGAGAGAGAGAGAGAGAGAGAGAGAGAGAGUGAGAGUGAGAGGAUCUUUGUGCGAUUAAGUAUCAUAGUUUUAUCAGUAAUCUGUUCUUCCCUCCAGUAAACCAAUACCUCUUUAGGGUUGUUAUCAGUGUUGUGUCAAGGAAGAAAUUAACAUUCUCUUCAUUAUUUUUGUGAUCAUUUUUAUUAUUAUCAGUAUGGUCAAUCAUUACUGUGUUGUUAUCGUGGUUGUAUCUGCCACACCAGUGUCUUUGAUGGCAACUUUGUGAUUCUUCCGUAACAUUUCGUUCUUUCUCCCAUCAAUAUGUGUUCUAUUCAGUAGUUGAUAAUGAUAAUACUAGUAUAUUGUGCAUCAGCAAUGUAUAAACAAACCUGCAACAGAUGUGCCAAACUUUUCGAAACACAAAACUUACUUAGUGGUUUCUGAAGAGACUUUUCUCAGAUAUUUAGAUACAAAAAACAAAAAAACAUUUACUACUACUACUACUACUACUACUACUACUACUACUACUACUACUACUACUACUACUACUACUACUACUACAACAGUAUCAGCAUAUGUUAAUCCUACACUUUUUAUACAAUAUUACACAUAUAUGGAUUGAAAGGUUGUAUACAAGACUGUGUUGUGUAGUUCCAUAUAUAUCUUCCAUUGCCAUACUUUAGGUGACUAUGCCAAAUUGGUGUGUUCAUUAAGAUGUGUUGAGUAGAGGAGGGGCACAGGUGGUGGUGGUGAGGCAGACAGCAUUGGAGGGGAACAAAAGUCUCACUCUAACAAGAAUCAGUAUGAAAGUCAAUAGUUUUGCUUCAUUUAAUCUUGGACUCACGUACUUUACAGUGAGGACAGAAGACUCAACUUCAUCCUUAGGUCUUGGUUUUGUUGGGGUAAAGUGUCACUUAACUUUUUUGUUUUGUCAUGUUCUGAAGAAGUGUUUGAGUAAAAUCAUUCGGUUUCUAUUUCUGUGUGAUAUGGCUGUGGUGGUGGUGGUGUUGCUGCCUCUGCCUCACUUCUGUCACCUGGUUUCUUAGUGUGUUGUAAAGACAGGUGAGCAGUGAUGUCUACCUACAGGAGCACAUAGUAAUUAGCAUCUACAGAACAGAAAUCUCAUCUGAAUGAAGGAUUAAAUGUCUCAAGUCAGAUCAGCAUAGAAAGUGAACCAAGCAAGAUUCUUUAUUCAGUCUUGUGUCAUCUGGAUACAAUUGUUGAUUUAGUUUUAAUAUCAUCCGGUACAUUCAGACGAAUUUCUCAUUCCUGUGUGCUGCCACUCAAGAAAAUCUCUGUGAAUGUGACUGGUGAGCGUCAGCCUUGCUGGCGAAGAGUAAGAUCCGUGAGGUACAGUGUGUACAAAACAAAACUGAUGAAUAUGUCAGUAUAAUAUGUAUGUAGUGGUGUGUAUGGGCUGAGGCUGCCAUGAUGGUGAGGUGAUGUAGAGGUGCAUCAGAUGUGUUGUGAGGGAGGUCAGGUGUGUGUCCGUAGUGGGGUUGUGACGUGCACCCCGUGUGUUGGCACUUUAUUGUCUCUUUAAGUGUUGCUAUUGUCGGUUUUCAUUUUUUCUGUAUUCCUUGAGAGGUGAGGAGUUUUGUACAUUGUCUCGCUUCAUGCUGUGUUCACAGAAGAUAAGGUUGUCAUGUGUUCUUUAGGAUCUUAGGGUGGAAGGGAAAAAAGAUAAUGUUUGAAUCAAAACCAUGAAAAUCAAAGUUUGUUUAAAAAAAGAUAAUUGUUCAUCAAGAAACAGAUGGAGUAUGUAGUAAAGUUCAUAACAUUUUCUUCAUGUGAACACAGACUCUUUGCUGAAUAAUCCUUUAUUCACCUCAAGUCAGGGGCGAGCAAAGCCUGAGUAACUGAAGUGGAUACAUGAAUGAGUCAGUUUAGUAAUAUGUAAACAACUUGACUCAUUCCUUCAGUGCAUAAGAAAAAGAUGUAUAAUUUUCCUUCAAUCACUUAGACGCACAUUACCAAGGUUGUAUGGAGCGAGGUGAAGAGAACAAGGGAGAGACAGACAGAGACAGACUAAUAAGUGAUAAGAAAGGUACGUUGCCAGUCCCUGACUCUUGUUAUGGGUACAGAAAUAGGUAAUUAUGUAGGUGUUAGUCAACCUGGGCUGACUCAACCACAGGUAUCGACUCUAAGGUUUGGAUUCUAAAAAAAAAAAAAUAAUGGUAAUGUUUCCAGAGUUGUGUGUAUCGGCCCAAGCAUUCCACGCGCCUCGGUGCAACUUUGUGUGUGUGUGUGUACAUAUAUAUGUGUAUUUGUCUUGUUAUGUACUCUUGUUAUUAUUAUUGUUUCUUUGUUUGUUUUCCUUCUUUUUUUGUCUGCUGCCCGGAGGAUCAGCCGAGAGAGUUGGAAGCAUGUGUGAGAAGAUGCAGUGAAAAACCAAUAUGAUCAUAGGUCAUCGUGUUGUAGUUCACCAAUUAUAAGUGCUGUUUGUUCUUUCAUUUGUGAUGUUGGGGGAAAAAGUUAAUUUAUACCUGUUAUCUGAGAUUUAAGACCAGCAUCUGACUAAUUUGCACCUUGUACUUGACAUUUAAGAUAACAACCUGGCAAAAAAGAACAAAAACAAACAAAUAAACAAACAAACAAGGGAAGGAAGUGCAGUGCUCAAGUAUAGGUUUUCUCCUUAUUAUUUAUUUAUUAAUACUAACUUAUCAAAAUCCUUUCUGCUCCUCAUUUAUCGCCGGCAGGGGAUUGUGGGUAAGGCUUGUGGUGGUGUGCGGGGGAGGGGCAGUGCUUAGCUGUGCCCUCUUGUGUAUAGUGAUCCACACACACACACACAUACACACACACACACACACACAGUUAUAGCAAGGUUACAUGUCUAUUUGCUCAUAUAUGUAGGAAUGUAGUAUAAUUAUUAUUUUUUUGGGGUGCGUAUGUUUGUGUGUGUGUGUGUGUGUAUCGUUUCGUUUCUGUAUCAUGUAUUUUUGGGGUUUAAUGUAUAAUUAGUAUUUUUGCAGACUUUACUCAUUUUUCUCAUCUCUUUAAUAUACAUCUAGAAUCUCCCUUUAUUUUCUCCUCUUACCUUCAUUCAUUUUUUUUAUAUAGUGUUUAUAAAAUCAUGUAUCAUUAACUUAUAAAUUAACUACAAUUCUGUAUAUGGUUGUAGUGCUUUUCUGUUAUCCUCUUUGCAACUCUUGUUUCCUUGUGCAUACAUCGGGGCGUCUGUGUGUCUGUAUGAUCAAUUGUAUGUUACUGUUAUUAUUUUCCUUUACAGGGGUCUACAGUCGCUCUCACGGUUCAUUGUCUGUCAGCAUUCCAAUAUUAUUUCGCUUCUAACUCCUUUCCGCUGGUCUGUCCUCUCAUCGUGGGGUCUCUGAAGGGUAUAACACUAACUUGUCUAACGUUGUGUGCCAUAACUUUGUAAAAGACAUUAUUAUUUUUUAUACUAAACUUUUCAACAAUAAACUUUUUGCAUUUUUCUCA